AUGGCGGAGUUUAUUCGUACACAAAUUUUUGGUACGUGUUUUGAAAUCACGACGCGUUACAGCGACCUGCAACCGAUUGGUAUGGGGGCCUUUGGAUUGGUUUGUUCAGCAAAGGACCAGCUCACUGGAAUGAAUGUCGCCGUAAAAAAGAUCAUGAAGCCAUUCAGUACGCCAGUUUUAGCAAAAAGGACAUACCGAGAACUGAAGCUUUUAAAACAUCUGCGUCAUGAAAGUGUUAUCAGUUUAAGCGACAUUUUCAUUUCUCCCUUUGAGGACAUUUAUUUUGUUACAGAAUUAUUGGGUACAGAUCUUCACCGAUUACUGACAUCGAGACCUUUAGAGACGCAGUUUAUUCAGUAUUUCCUAUACCAAAUUCUGCGGGGACUAAAAUUCGUACAUUCGGCAGGUGUAAUCCACAGAGACUUGAAGCCUAGCAAUAUUUUGAUUAAUGAGAACUGUGAUCUCAAAAUUUGCGACUUUGGCCUCGCCCGUAUUCAAGAUCCUCAAAUGACUGGCUAUGUUUCUACUCGGUACUACCGAGCUCCAGAAAUUAUGCUUACGUGGCAGAAAUAUAACGUUGAAGUGGACAUUUGGAGUGCUGGUUGCAUUUUCGCUGAAAUGAUAGAAGGAAAACCUUUGUUCCCUGGCCGCGAUCACGUUAACCAAUUCUCCAUUAUCACUGAACUCUUGGGAACACCACCUAUGGAAGUCAUUGAAACAAUUUGUAGCAAAAAUACUUUACGCUUUGUCCAGUCACUUCCCAAAAAGGAAAAGGUUCCCUUUGCAGAGAAAUUCAAGAACGCGGACCCUGCUGCCGUUGACUUACUAGAAAAGAUGCUUGUCUUUGAUCCCCGUAAGCGUAUAAGUGCUGCUGACGCUUUGGCCCACGAAUAUCUCGCUCCUUACCAUGAUCCUACGGAUGAACCGGUCGCAGACGAAAUUUUCGAUUGGUCUUUUCAAGACAGUGAUUUGCCUGUGGAAACUUGGAAGGUAAUGAUGUAUUCCGAAGUGCUGUCUUUUCACAAUCUUGAUAGUGACCAACAAGCAUGA